UACGGUUCGUAUGCUUCUGUGCAACCAUUGGUGCCUUGGUAUUCUUCAUUUUGGUUGAAAAGAAAGAGUUUGGCAAGUUUGAGAUUGAACUUACCUAUGCUUUGUUUGGUGGAGCCAUUUUCCUGGACAUCAUAUCUGUCUUUAGUCUUGUCUUCUCUGACUGGACCCUCAUCGCCUUCAACGACACCAACAUAUGGAGCAGAUUCAUUGCUUCCGUAAGAUUGAAAGGAAGAAAGUGGUCUGGAUCGGUAUCCCAAUACAAUAUGAUAUCGAAUUGCCUGGAGGAGCGUCCAGAAUGGGUGUUCACUUUUGCAGGUUUUGUAGGUGUUAGGGGAAUUCUUAACAGAAUCAAAAUUGGAUUCUUUUCAUCCUCAGAAGCAGUCACCAAAGAGCUCAAGUACUUCAUUUUCAAGCAGCUGAGGAUGAAAUCUUUGAAAGCUCACAACAGAAGGGCUGGGAUGGACGCAUGUUCAGAAAGAGGUGACUGGGCUCUGCUGCUGAAUUCAAACUAUGUGAAUCUCAAAUGGAGCAUAUCGGAUUAUCAAUAUGCGGAAAGUGUUCUCCUCUGGCACAUUGCAACAGAACUCUACUAUGCCAAAAGUGGAAAUCAGCAAUUUGCUCAUAGCGAAGUUACACAAACAACAUGUGAUACUGACAAUCUACAUACAAUUUGCGAUCCUUGUGACAGUAAUUAUAGGCGUAAAAUUUGCAAGCUUCUUUCGGAUUAUAUGUUUUAUCUUCUGGUGAUGCGGCAUUCGAUGAUGGCCCCUGUUUUGGGGAAUUGGCAUAUAGUAUUCCAGGACACUUGUGCAGAGACCAAGAGAUUCUUUCGCAAGCAUUCAAUAAAAGAUCAUGGGAAAGCCUGCGAAAAGAUAACUGGUGUAUGUGCCAAAUUCAGAUCAGCUGUGGUGAAAGGAAGUAAAAGCAAAUCUGUGCUGUUUGAUGCAUGUAUGCUUGCAAACCAGCUUGAGAAGUUGGAGGGAUGCCCAUGGAAGCUAAUGAGCCGAGUGUGGGUGGAAUUAUUGUCCUAUGCUGCCAUUAAAUGUCGACCGGUUGUGCAUGCUCAGCAACCAAGCAGGGGUGGAGAACUGAUGACUUUCACAUGGCUACUGAUGUAUCAUCUGGGCUUGGGAACACAAUUCUACCAGCUCGAAAACCAUGCUGGAAAAAAAAUGGUGGCAGAUCCUAAACCCUAAACCCUAAGUAAACAGAAAUAGGAAAUUUAAGCAUCUGGAGCUGCAAAGUACAUUUACGCUUUUGCUCUUUGUAGAUGUUACAGUUCUUUUGCUUGGGAUUUCCAUUUCCUUUACUU